GCCGCGGUCUGUCGGUAUUGUUGUUGAGGCGCUAUGGUGUGUCAGCACGGCCCCGAUCUUUUUCCGUGAGUUUCUGUCGUCUUCUGCGGGUUUCAUGUUCCGCGCCGCCGAGAUCAAGAGCUUCGGUAAAGCGGGAACCGGCUGGCACUUUCGGCGGACGAUGGACGAGCUGGUCCAUGAUCUGGUGUCGGCUUUGGAGGAGAGUUCCGAACAGGCCCGCGGAGGUUUCGGUGAUGGUGGAGAUCACGCCCUGGCUGUCGGUUGCCUGCUGAAACGACAGGCGCGCAAGCGGCGUGGCCGGAAACGGCGGUCCGAUAACCCUCACCCGCCAUGGGACACCUGCCAUCUGAGCGAAGGGUCCGAAUCCAGCCUGGAGGAGCAGAAAGACUACCGUACCUCUACGGCAGCAGGGGGCGCUCACACCCGCGACAACAACAGUGACUCUGACGAGCAGCUGGGCGCGAAACGGCGUACGCCACUUGCCGUUGACUCUGGCAGGGGGAAGAGACCGCUUUGGCUGGACGAUGUGAGCGGAGCAGACGUUGGAACGCGAAGUUUACGGAGACGUCGGAAAAUCAAGCGCAUGGCUGUUGACCCGCCACUAGAUGUCGCCACCAUGCUGGCGCCUCCCAGACCGUCCGGAGCAGGUGGCAGCAGGGAGGCGGAGUUUCUGGAGGAGAAAGUAGGCGAGGCAAGCAAAAGCAGCGUGAAGAAAAGGAAGUAUACGGCACAGAGGCUUGCACAGGAUGCGGCGGAUGAAGGCGUGGUGGUUGAGAGCGAGGAGACGGGACAUGCGGCCAAAGACAAGAUGGACUUUGAGGAGCAGAAGGGCUCAGAUGAGGAGAUGAGUGACAGUGAGACGAGCAGUGUAAGUAACAGCAGUGAUGGGGGUUUGUACACUAACGACGAGGGAAGACAAGGUGAUGACGAGCAGAGCGAUUGGUUCCAUGAGUGCGAGCCGGGUGGGGCUUGUGGAGUCGCAGGCGUGGUGCCAUGGUGGGAGAGAGAUUCUAACGAGCUUGACCUCAAUGACCCCGUAUUCAGCAGCAUAUUGACUGGAGCAUUCCCUUUAAUGACACAGGGAGCUCAAAGAGGUUUUCAAGCACGGCUCGUGCGGCAGGCCUGUCUUCAGCAGUCACAGGGAGGAUCUCAGGGAAUUCUUCCGGAUAGAUUACCCAGAUUAUCUCAGGAUCCUCAUGACUCGUGGUUCAGCUCUGGGGCGAGAAGAGAACAGUUGCUUUGGGAUUCCCGUAGCGACAGAAUCCACAGGAAAAGCUGCUCUUUAAAGACUGCCAGCAGACAGACGAGUGGUCACCUUGGCUCUUUAUGUACUGGAGAUAUAAAGAGGCGACGAAAAGCAGCACCUGUAGCAGCCCCUUCAGCCUCCGGUGUGGUGGGUGAGAGCGCUUCUCCACUCCCGGAGUCAAAUGUGGGGAACCGGAUGCUGCAGAGUAUGGGUUGGACCCCUGGGUCGGGUCUGGGCCCUGAAGGUAGAGGAAUCACAGAGCCCAUUCGAGCGUCUCAGAGGCCGAAGGGAGCCGGACUGGGGUUUAAUUGAGCACCGUCUGAGAACUGGGAGAAAAACAAAAGACCAGGGGCCUGCGGGGCCUCUCUCACCGUUAACCUCGCUGUUAACGGCAGCCAGCCAGCAGAGUGCAGCACUGGGGUCAGAGAAACUGAGAUGUAGAAAAGACAUGAUAGACAGAAUGAAUGAAAGAGAAGACCUGCACCGGCACAGACGAGGACUGACACUAGAGCUGCCUUACUGCCAAACACACUCAUGCACACACACCGAUUCAUUUCAACACUGCUGUCAAAGCUAAUGAGACAUCUGAACCUGUUAGUUGCUUUAACUUUUGAGGAACUCCAAGAAAAAUAACACAAAAAUAAGAAUGAAAACGUUUCAGUCAUUAUAUUCAAGUAAAUGUAGCUCUUUUUCUUUUUACCAAUAUAACAAUUCAUUAUCUAAAAACAAAAAGUGGAGUAAAAAUGUCCAGGUCAUACUUAACCCCAUAUCAAAAGAAAAAAACACAGAAAUUAUAUUGUACUUAAAAGAAAAUUUAGCCUCUUUUUAGAACCAUCAAGAUUACGUGCAUGGUAACAAUACUGAUAAUUAAGCACAUUUCCCCCCCCAGAAUUCUUAAUAAUGAAAAACCCUUAUGAAUAAUAAAACAAAAUCUCAUUACUGUAAGGACAAUAUCUUUAUCAUUUCUGUAAUACACAAUCACACAAUUAUAUAGUUGUUUUAUUACAAUGAGCAUAAAUUCAUUUCAGUGCAUCUAAUGCUACCAUGAUGUAUUCUUACAGUUGCACUUUACAAUUAAAUAUACAGUAUAUUUAUUUUUUCACAUUACAGUAAUGGGAAUUUGUGCUUAUUUGUCAUAAAAAUAAUCAGUGGAGGCAAUUUUUAUUAAAUAAAAUGCAAGGCUUCAUUUUCUUUAUAAAAAUAUAUUGAUUUAUAAUUUCUUACUUUUUUAAAAAUGUAUUAUGAAAUUAUGACCAGGACGUUCUCGACCGGUUUCGUGGAUACAAUUUAUUCAUACAUUAUGACAAACAAAAGCCAAACUUCAGUGCUCCGAGGAUACCAGCAGAAAUUAGCAGAUUGUUUUUAUAAGUUACAUUUGUUUUUGUUUUUUUGUUGUUUUUUUUAAUUAUUUUUAGAACAUAUUUUUUGAAUAUUAAUUUUCACUUCAGAAAGCCUUGUAAUUGUGUUAAUUUAGCACAUUAGAUCAGUCCAAAUCACCUUGUGUCUCCUGUAUUUUAAUUUUUUAUCAAGAAAAUGAAUUUGUUAGCUUUAUUUUUAUUUUUUUUAUUAAGUUUAUGGUUUUAGGUCCUGUUUUUCUGAAUGUUUGUGCAGAAAAUUUGCACUAAUAAUGAAAUGGUUUCGAUAGCUCCGCCGGCCACAUGCGCUCUUAUGAAAGAAGGUUUGCAUGUAUUUAAUGCUGAAAUUAUGCAUUUUGAGAGCAACUAUUGAUUGAUCUUGUGUCAGAACACGUGCAUGUUUAAGGUAUAGUUCACCAAAAAAUAUAAAAUAAUUUACUCUCCAUCAUACUGGUUUGGAACAACAUGAGGGGGAGUAAAUGAUGACUUCUUUUUUUAUUUUAUUUUUUUAUUUUGGGUGAACUCUCUCAUGAGGUUUUUGGGGUCAAUUCCGUUUUAAUUCCUGCAUGUUAAGCUGGUUUUCACCUCGUAAUUUGAAAUUCAGUGAAAUGCAUGUAUUUCUUGGCAGAGUUUGAGUAAUGAAUAGGAUCAAUGUAAUGAAUUGGCUUAAUUAAAAGGGAAUUAACUGUUCAGGGUGAUAAUAACACUGACGAUUGUCUGUUCUGGUUGUCACAGAUGAUUUGUAAAGGUGUAGAUCACGGCAUUGUUUGGUAAAAACUUCAAUGCCUCUCCCCAACCAUCCUAGAUAAUCUAACUGGUAUUUUAACUGGUGGGGUGAGACAGAAGGUGUCGUUAGAGCACUUCCUAUCUGGCAUAUGGUUUGUGUAGGGCUGCAAUUUAAAGGGAUGGUUCACUCAGAAAUACAAAAUAAAUUGUCAUUGUUUAUUCACCUUCAUGUUGUUCCAAACUUGUAUAACUUUCUGUCUCGGAACGAAAAAAGAGAUGUUAGGCAGAAUGUUAUGGACUGGCAUCCUCAGUCACCAUUCAUUUUCAUUGCAUCUUUUUUCCCAUACAAUAAAAGUGACUACGGCACACAUUCUGCCUAACAUCUCCUUUUGUGUUCCAGAGAAGAAGGAAAAAAAGUCAUAAAUGUUUAGAACAACAUGAGGGUGAGUAAAGUAUGACAGAAUUUUCAUUUUUUGGGUGUAUGAACCUUUUAACAUGUUGUAUUUUAUACUCUUUUGCACUCUUUACUCUUUUAAUGUCAGAAAUGCACAGGUAUCAAGCCAGUGAUGACACAAAUUAGGAUUUUAGCAUGUCAGGUUGUCUGUUCAUGAUCUGUACAACGCUCCAACCAUGAACAUGCCAUUUUUAUUAACUUCAGACUUUUUGUCAUUUUUGCCAAUUGCUUUCUUGGAGUAUUUUAAGAACAUGAAUGUGGUCUCUUUGCGAAUGUUAUGAAGUGACAUACUGUUCAUAUACUGUCGAUCAGUAUUAAAGCAUUCUCUGCUCAAAAUUGGAUUAUUGUAUUUUUCCCAUAUCC